GAUCUUUGGGAAGUUCCGUUGGGGAAGAUGGCGGCGGCCGCGAGCACCCUUCUCUUCUUGCCGCCGGGGACUUCAGACUGAGCAUUCUCGGGACGAGUAGGGACUGCUGGUGCCCUGCGUCCCGGGAGCCCGAACCAACCUGGUUCCUCCAUUAGUGGUAGGGAAAGGCUUAUCCUCUUGUGUAGGACUCAGGCCCUCCCCGCCGUCAGGAUGAAGGCUCAGGGGGAAACCGAGGAGUCGGAAAAGCUGAGUAAGAUGAGUUCUCUCUUGGAACGCCUCCAUGCAAAAUUUAACCAAAAUAGACCUUGGAGUGAAACCAUUAAGCUUGUGCGUCAAGUCAUGGAGAAGAGGGUUGUGAUGAGUUCUGGAGGGCAUCAACAUUUGGUCAGCUGUUUGGAGACGUUGCAGAAAGCUCUCAAAGUAACAUCUUUACCAGCAAUGACUGACCGUUUGGAGUCUAUAGCAAGACAAAAUGGACUGGGCUCUCAUCUCAGUGCCAGUGGCACUGAAUGUUACAUCACGUCAGAUAUGUUCUAUGUGGAAGUGCAGUUAGAUCCUGCAGGACAGCUUUGUGAUGUAAAAGUGGCUCACCAUGGGGAGAAUCCUGUGAGCUGUCCAGAACUUGUGCAGCAGCUAAGGGAAAAAAAUUUUGAUGAAUUUUCUAAGCACCUUAAGGGUCUUGUUAAUCUUUAUAAUCUUCCAGGGGACAACAAACUGAAGACUAAAAUGUACUUGGCUCUCCAAUCCUUAGAACAGGACCUAUCUAAAAUGGCAGUUAUGUAUUGGAAAGCAACCAAUGCUGGUCCCUUGGAUAAGAUUCUUCAUGGAAGUGUUGGCUAUCUCACUCCACGAAGUGGGGGUCAUUUAAUGAACUUGAAGUAUUAUGCCUCUCCUUCUGACCUGCUGGAUGAUAAGACUACAUCCCCUAUCAUUUUGCAUGAGAAUAAUGUUCCUCGAUCUUUGGGCAUGAAUGCAUCAGUGACAAUUGAAGGAACAUCUGCUAUGUAUAAACUCCCAAUUGCACCAUUAAUUAUGGGGUCACAUCCAGUUGACAACAAAUGGACUCCCUCCUUCUCCUCAAUCACCAGUGCCAACAGUGUUGAUCUUCCUGCCUGUUUCUUCUUGAAAUUUCCCCAGCCAAUCCCAGUAUCUAGAGCAUUUGUUCAGAAACUUCAGAACUGCACAGGAAUUCCAUUGUUUGAAACCCAGCCAACUUAUGUACCUCUCUAUGAACUGAUCACUCAAUUUGAACUGUCAAAGGAUCCUGACCCCAUACCUUUGAAUCACAACAUGCGAUUUUAUGCUGCUCUCCCAGGUCAGCAGCACUGCUAUUUCCUCAACAAGGAUGCUCCUCUCCCAGAUGGCAGAAGUCUACAGGGAACCCUUGUUAGCAAAAUCACCUUUCAGCACCCUGGCCGAGUUCCUCUUAUCCUGAAUCUAAUCAGACACCAAGUGGCCUAUAACACCCUAAUUGGAAGCUGUGUCAAAAGAACUAUUCUGAAAGAAGAUUCUCCUGGGCUUCUCCAAUUUGAAGUGUGUCCCCUCUCAGAGUCCCGUUUCAGCGUAUCUUUUCAGCACCCCGUGAAUGACUCCCUGGUGUGUGUGGUAAUGGAUGUACAGGACUCAACACAUGUGAGCUGUAAACUGUACAAGGGGCUGUCAGAUGCACUCAUUUGCACAGAUGACUUCAUUGCCAAAGUUGUUCAAAGAUGUAUGUCCAUCCCUGUGACGAUGAGGGCUAUUCGGAGGAAAGCUGAAACCAUUCAGGCCGACACCCCAGCACUGUCCCUCAUUGCAGAGACAGUUGAAGACAUGGUGAAAAAGAACCUGCCCCCGGCUAGCAGCCCAGGGUAUGGCAUGACCACAGGCAACAACCCAAUGAGUGGUACCACUACACCAACCAACACCUUUCCGGGGGGUCCCAUUACCACCUUGUUUAAUAUGAGCAUGAGCAUCAAAGAUCGGCAUGAGUCGGUGGGCCAUGGGGAGGACUUCAGCAAGGUGUCUCAGAACCCAAUUCUUACCAGUUUGUUGCAAAUCACAGGGAACGGGGGGUCUACCAUUGGCUCGAGUCCGACCCCUCCUCAUCACACGCCGCCACCUGUCUCUUCGAUGGCCGGCAACACCAAGAACCACCCGAUGCUCAUGAACCUUCUUAAAGAUAACCCUGCCCAGGAUUUCUCAACCCUUUAUGGAAGCAGCCCUUUAGAAAGGCAGAACUCCUCUUCCGGCUCACCCCGGAUGGAAAUGUGCUCGGGAAGCAACAAGACAAAGAAGAAGAAGUCUUCAAGAUUACCACCUGACAAACCCAAGCACCAGACUGAAGAUGACUUUCAGAGGGAGCUAUUUUCAAUGGAUGUUGACUCACAGAACCCUAUCUUUGAUGUCAACAUGACAACUGACACGCUGGAUACGCCACACAUCACUCCAGCUCCAAGCCAGUGUAGCACUCCCCCAACAACUUACCCACAACCAGUACCUCACCCCCAACCCAGUAUUCAAAGGAUGGUCCGACUGUCCAGCUCAGACAGCAUUGGCCCAGAUGUAACUGAUAUCCUUUCAGACAUUGCAGAAGAAGCUUCUAAGCUUCCCAGCACUAGUGAUGACUGUCCACCCAUUGGCACCCCUGUUCGAGAUUCUUCAAGCUCUGGGCAUUCUCAGAGUGCCCUCUUUGACCCUGAUGUCUUUCAAACCAAUAAUAAUGAAAAUCCAUACACUGAUCCAGCUGACCUUAUUGCAGAUGCUGCUGGAAGCCCCAGUAGUGACUCUCCUACUAAUCAUUUUUUUCCUGAUGGAGUAGAUUUCAAUCCUGAUUUGUUGAACAGCCAGAGCCAAAGUGGUUUUGGAGAAGAAUAUUUUGAUGAAAGCAGCCAAAGUGGAGAUAAUGAUGAUUUCAAAGGAUUUGCUUCUCAGGCACUAAAUACUUUGGGGGUGCCAAUGCUUGGAGGUGAUAACGGGGAGACUAAGUUUAAAGGCAACAGCCAAGCUGACACAGUUGAUUUCAGUAUUAUAGCAGUGGCUGGUAAGGCUUUGGGUCCUGCAGAUCUUAUGGAGCAUCACAGUGGUAGCCAGAGUCCUUUAUUGACCACUGGGGACAUAGGGAAAGAAAAGACUCAAAAGAGAGUGAAGGAAGGCAAUGGCACCAGUAAUAGUAGUUUGUCAGGGCCAGGAUUAGACAGCAAACCAGGAAAACGCAGUCGGACCCCUUCUAAUGAUGGCAAAAGCAAAGAUAAGCCUCCAAAGAGGAAGAAGGCAGACACUGAGGGAAAGUCUCCAUCUCACAGUUCUUCUAACCGACCUUUCACCCCACCUACUAGUACAGGUGGAUCCAAAUCUCCAGGCAGUUCAGGACGAUCUCAGACUCCCCCAGGUGUUGCCACUCCACCCAUUCCUAAAAUCACUAUUCAGAUUCCUAAGGGAACUGUGAUGGUGGGCAAGCCCUCCUCUCACAGUCAGUAUACCAGCAGUGGUUCUGUGUCUUCCUCGGGAAGUAAAAGCCACCAUAGCCAUUCUUCCUCGUCUUCUGCUUCCAACUCAGGCAAGAUGAAAAGCAGUAAAUCAGAAGGUUCAUCAAGUUCCAAGUUAAGUAGCAGUAUAUAUUCUAGCCAGGGGUCUUCUGGAUCUAGCCAGUCCAAAAAUUCAUCCCAGUCUGGGGGAAAGCCAGGCUCCUCUCCUAUUACCAAGCAUGGACUGAGCAGUGGCUCCAGCGGCACCAAGAUGAAACCUCAAGGGAAGCCAUCAUCACUUAUGAAUCCUUCUUUAAGUAAACCAAACAUAUCCCCUUCCCAUUCAAGGCCACCUGGAGGCUCUGAUAAGCUUGCCUCUCCAAUGAAACCUGUUCCUGGUACUCCCCCAUCUUCUAAAGCCAAGUCCCCUAUCAGUUCAGGUUCUGGUGGUUCUCAUAUGUCUGGAACUAGUUCAGGCACUGGCAUGAAGUCAUCUUCAGGGUUAGGAUCCUCUGGCUCACUGUCUCAGAAAACUCCUCCAUCUUCUAACUCUUGUACAUCAUCUUCCUCUUCCUUUUCCUCAAGUGGCUCUUCCAUGUCAUCCUCUCAGAACCAGCAUGGGAGUUCCAAAGGGAAAUCUCCCAGCAGGAAUAAGAAGCCGUCCUUAACAGCUGUCAUAGAUAAACUGAAGCAUGGGGUUGUCACCAGUGGUCCUGGGGGUGAAGACCCAAUGGAUGGCCAAAUGGGGGUGAGCACAAAUUCUUCUAGCCAUCCUAUAUCCUCCAAACAUAACAUGUCAGGAGGAGAGUUCCAGGGCAAGCGUGAGAAAAGUGAUAAAGACAAAUCAAAAGUUUCCACCUCGGGGGGCUCAGUGGAUUCAUCUAAGAAGACCUCAGAGUCAAAAAAUGUGGGGAGCACAGGUGUGGCAAAAAUUAUCAUCAGCAAGCACGAUGGGGGAUCCCCCAGCAUUAAAGCCAAAGUGACUUUGCAGAAACCUGGGGAAAGUAGUGGAGAAGGGCUCAGGCCUCAGAUGGCCUCUUCCAAAAACUAUGGCUCUCCACUCAUCAGUGGUUCCACUCCAAAGCAUGAGCGUGGCUCCCCCAGCCACAGUAAGUCACCAGCAUACACCCCCCAGAAUCUGGACAGUGAAAGUGAGUCAGGCUCCUCCAUAGCAGAGAAGUCUUAUCAGAACAGUCCCAGCUCAGAUGAUGGCAUCCGACCUCUUCCAGAAUACAGCACAGAGAAGCAUAAGAAGCACAAAAAAGAAAAGAAGAAAGUAAAAGACAAAGAUAGGGAUCGGGACCGUGACAAAGACCGAGACAAGAAAAAAUCUCAUAGCAUCAAGCCAGAGAGUUGGUCUAAAUCACCCAUCUCUUCAGACCAGUCCUUGUCUAUGACAAGUAACACAAUUUUAUCUACAGACAGGCCCUCAAGGCUCAGCCCUGACUUUAUGAUUGGGGAGGAAGAUGAUGAUCUUAUGGAUGUGGCCUUGAUUGGCAACUAGGAACCUUUUUAAGAUUAAAAACAUGGCCAGAAAACAAAACAAAACAAAACUAAUAAGUGUAUAGGCAAACCACCAUGAGGGCUGAGUCAGAUAGGUCUGCUUUCAUGUUUAAGAAUCUUAAAUGGCAUGGCUUUGACAUGAGUUGGGUGAAUUUAGAAGGGCACAGCCAGACCCUACUAAAGAGACCAUAAGGUUUCAUUCUGAUUACCAAGAAUCACGUGUUCCUUUGCCAGGAAAGAAAAAAAAAAGUUAAAAUACUUGCUUAUGAAAGGGAGGGGGUGGGAAGGGCUUAGGGAGAGGGAAGGGUGGGAAACAGUUUUGUGGGAAAUAUUCAUAUAUAUUUUUUCUCCCUUUUUCCAUUUUUAGGCCAUGUUUUAAACUCAGUGCAUGUAUUUGAAGGGCUGGGCAGAAAAUGAAAAAGCAAUACAUUCCUUGAUGCAUUUGCAUGAAGGUUGUUCACCUUUGUUUAGGCAGUUGUCCAUUUGAGGCAUGGGCAAAUGAAGGACUUUGGUUAUUUUGGACACUUAAGUAAUGUUUGGUGUCUGUUUCUUAGGAGUGAUUGGGGGAGGGAAGAUGAUUUUAGCUAUUUAUUUGUAAUAUUUUAACCCUUUAUCUGCUUUUAUACAGUGUUUCUUUCUAAUUCUAUAAGCUUCAGAGUUCAAAAUGAUGGGAGGUGGAAGAGCGAGGCUUAUUUGGUGGUAGGGAGCUUGUAGCUUGUGCUGGUUACCGUAGUGUCAAGCCCAAGCAGAUUAGUCAGAGCCCACCUUUGGAGUUAAGUAGAAAAACCAAAAUGGUAUUUUUAUUUUAGGAAGUUUUUCAUAGGGUUCAGACAUCAUAGGAAUAUUAGGAGUUAUUUCCCUGUGGAGGUAUUGAUUUAUAGUUUUUUUCCUUUAAAAAAAAAACUGGGCUGGCUUUUUGGGAUGUAAACUUGUUUUCAGAUGCAGUAAGGCUUAAUGUGGUGCAGCCUCCCUGACCCAGUGGCAUGAAAACCAUUACAGAAUUAAUAGUUCUCCUAUUUCCACAAUGUGCCAAAAGUCCACAUCCCAGCAUUUUGUUUGUAGGAGAACUGAUGCCAUUCCUGAGAGCUGGGCUCCUUGUUUCUCUUCAUCACAAGGAUAAGGAGUCCAGACUUUAAUCACUCCACUAUAUGCUCCCUUAGAUAAAACAGUAAAAAAAAAAAAAAAAAAAAAAAAAAAAAAAAAAAAAAAUGCAGCCAUAGUUCACUUAAAACAGUUUCAAGCUCACUUGAAGUAAUGGGGGCCUGGAAUGCUAGGUGGGCAUGAAGAUAAACCCUUGCUACUAUGUAGCAACACAAUUGGACCUUUUUGGAGGAACAGGUCUGAGUCUGGAUCCUGGGGGACAUCAAUAAGAAGCCCUUCUCAUAAAUCUGGAAAUCCAGGAGACCAUGAGUGCAACACAAGUUCUCAGUAUUUGGAGGGUCCUCUCAAAAUUCUGCGGCCUUACUUUGAUUUUGACACCUGCACUGUGCCAUUCCUGAUGAUUCCAUUCAGGAUCUGUAUCAGCAGGACGGGGCACGAUCCCCAGCACAACUCUUCUGGAUUAAAAAAAAAAAAAAGCCAGGUGAUUCAUUUGUGUGUGUAUGUGUGUCAUAAAUGGAGUGACUUCAUCAGAUAUUGAAGAUUUCUAUAUUCAGCUCUUUCUGCAGGUUGGAGUUAGCAUAGAGUUGGAAAAAUCAGCUUUGGCUUUCUUUCCUGACUGUCUCUGAUUUCCUUUAGUGUUCUCCCUUUUCUGGUCAUCAGCUCUCAACAACUCUGCCACUUUUGUGUCCCAAGGUAAUAAGAAGUAGGAAACGAAACAUUGCAAAGUGGAGCAAGAAAAGUUAUCGGUUACCGUAUCAGAGUCAAUGUCUUGGGUGACACUAAGGAGGACAUGGGCAAGGUGAUACCAGAGUGCUUUAUCUUGUGAUGCUGAUACAGUAGCAGCCUCUCAGACAUACAACCAGGUUGGAUUUCUCACAAGUUUCUCACCUAGUUUUGAAUCCUAUCCCAUUGGUUUCUGCAGGAAAAAAAAAAAGUUGUUUUAAAGUUUGUUCUGGGUGGGGAUAAUCUUACGGGAAUGUACUGCAUAGUAUCAGGGGCUCAGCUCCCCCAAGCAGAGCCAACAAAUACCAAAAUGAGUAAACUGGGAAGCUUUUUUCUCUCUUUCUGUCUUCAUCCCAGAUCAAAGAAUCCCGAGUUAGGAUCUGGAUGAAGGAUAAGCCCCUGAAUUGUCGAUGGGCACACCCCACACACUGACCCAGCAUCUGAACUUGCUUAACAGGGAGCCGGGGCUAAACUGCUUCACCCUGCCUGAGAACCAGGGAGCACUGCAUUUCUCCACAGGGUGGAGGAGAAGAGGCAGAAUAAAUCAAGCCUGGGACACCUCCCUCCUGUCUAGGUGUACUCAUUCUCCUGUUUCAAAAGACGGCAAGGACAUGAAGUCAACUUCUACCUAUCUUCUGCUGCUGGUGUCUUAUGUAUUCUUAGUUUGACCUGAUUCCUCUUCUGUCUUUUGGCUUCAUGUUAGGGGUUCUUGGUGAAAAUCUGCUCUGAUGUACAUGAAGAUUCCAGGUUCAAAAUCAGUGUCUUUCAAAAACAAGUAUUUGGGGGGGGGUGGGGGUGGGAAUGAAGCAGAAUAUAAUUGCCAAAACUAGACUUGAGGUUGGUGACUCUUGGAAAGAUUUUCCUUAAGGCCUAGGUCUGAAAAUUUAGUGCAGCACUAUUAUGAAUUCUCAGAAGAAACCCUUCCAGGGAGCCAGUGAGUCAUAGUAUCCACGAGUCACUUAAAGCAGAUGCCAUUUUAGGAAACUCAUUCACAAUCUAGGCAAUCUUAACUUUCUUUGACCCCCCCCCCUUUUUUUUCAAUUCCUCUCCCCCCUUACUUCUACCCUUGAGUUAAGUUUUUUGAAGGGUUGGAAGUACGUAACAUCUCAGAAGCAAGGUUGGGAAACAUGCUCAGUUGUAAAAGCUGACCUUUAAAUUUUGAGUUUUAAAAAUGUACAUCAGGAGCAGUUGGGGAGGGUCUUUUCUAAAAAAUCUUUCAAAUUUGAUUUUCUGUGCGUAUGGCCGUUCUGUAAAUACUUUGGGGUUUUUCAUUUUUUGAAAGUAGACAAAUCUGUGGGAUUUUUUUCCCAAAACAUUACAAAGACCUGUUUAUUUACAUGCAAAUAAAUUUCUUUGAUAAAAAGCAA